AUGAUUUCAGGCAAUGGAAAGAGGAAAAAGGAUAAGAAAAUUCCUGUAAAACAAGGAAAGGUUGGUCCCUUGGGGGUAGCUAGUUCCUCUAAUCAUCCGCCUCUGAAGGUUUCUCAUAAACGUGCUCAUAUCACACAACUCAUAUAUGAGAUUGUUGAGAAUAAUACCCAGAAAAUUCCCCCGUCUACUUGCGGAGAAAAAUGUUCUUUGGAAUUACCUGACACGGCUGAGGGGCACCCCAAUAUUGAGUUUCUUCAUGAGAUAUGCAAUUCACCCAAGGCAUGUCGUGACAGUUGCUUCAAUUCUAAUGAUCAAGAGAUUGAUAUUACACCACUAGCAGCAACCCUUCUGGAAGGUGGAUCACCCACUGAUGAAAAUUAUCAGCGUAUUGGCCAAUGGUGUCAACUAAUCGGUUUAAGAAUGUCAUGUCACCAAUUGAGGUAG